AUGCUAUCCCUCUUCCCCGAAUCAGAGGUCGCAAACAAGAUCGCCGCGCGGCCAGACUGGGAACGGACGCUCGGAUACGCGGGAUGGGCCGCAAUGGGUGUCUUUACGCAGGCGUUUGCCCUGGCGUUGCAGCAUCGGCCUGUGCUUGAACGACCCUACAAACACGUCCUCUUCGCCGGCGCCUUCGUCGGCCUGGGGUACGCCUUGAACACGUUCCAGGACACGCAACUGCACCGUCUGGAGCAGAAACGCGAUCGGCUGGUCAGGAGGCGGAUGUUGAGGGUUACGGAGGGGGCGGCGGCGUUGGAUGGGGAGGGCGCGGUGGCGCAUUGA